AUAGGUGAGUGUGUGACCAAUGACGAGUGUUAUCAGGUACCCGCAUGACACGCUGACGUGCGCGUGGGUGUGUGCGUGGGGCUUUCCACAGCAGCGAGGAACCAUGGCGACAGCUAUUCAGGAAGAAAUAUUUAUCUACUCCAUGGACGGUUUAAUUUAGGGUUAACUUACGACAAGCUGACGUUAAGUUAGUUAACCAAAUAGUUAUGUCAUCCUCCAACUGGUCACCUGUCAAAGGCCAUUGCUGAGGCGAGACUUGGAUAUGUUGGACCAGAUAGAGUGGGAUUCAUCAGAUGAAGGUCUUGGAGGUUCAAUGGAAGAUCCUCCUCACUUAUCUGAAUUUCCUCAUUCGAAGCCCUCCACCACCAACAUCUCAGAACAUGAAUUCUCGUGUCACUGUUGCUAUGACAUCUUAGUGAACCCCACCACCCUGACCUGCGGCCAUAACUUUUGCCGCCACUGUCUGGCUCUGUGGUGGGAAUCCUCUCACAAGAAUGAGUGCCCAGAGUGCCGGGAGAAGUGGGAAGGCUUUCCUAAAAUCAACAUACUGCUGAGGGAUGCAACUGACAAGCUGUUCAGUGAGGUUGUUCAGCGGAGGAGAGCAGAGAUCCAGGCUAACCCCAAAAUCUCCCGGAGCUUGCUGGCCUUCCAGAGGUAUGGUGACAACUUGGGUAGAUCCAGGACAAACCAGCACAAAGGAGCAGGCUUCUUCUUUUCUGGAGUCCUAACUGCACUCACUUGUGUGGCUGUGAUGGUGCUGGUGUAUCACUGGAGCAGUGGUGUGGUGGAGCAGCAUGACCCGUUGAUCAGUAAACCCGUGUCUCGCUGGACGCCGGAGGAAGUCGCAUCCUGGCUGGAACACUUGGGGCCCUGGGCCCAGCUUUACAGAGAACCCUUUCAGCAGGAGAAUGUCAAUGGGAGGCUGCUGUUGAUGCUGGGAGACGAAGAGUUGUUAAAACCUCCUUAUAGCAUUGAAAAUCAAUCUCACCGACGGGCUGUUCUGGCUGAACUGGACAGGGUUAAAACCCUGGGGGUCAAACCUCCGCAGAACCUCUGGGAAUACAAGGCUGCUAAUGCAGGGAAGUCUCUGUUUUUGCUGUAUGCACUGAAGCGCUCCCCUCGUCUCACACUCUUCUAUUUGUAUUUAUUCGACUACUCGGAAACCUUCCUGCCCUUCCUGCAUACCUGCUGUCCGGCCAUUGCAAACAUCGACAAGUCAAUGGAGAGCAGCUUCCUCAACACACAGUUGGAGCCCAGCUGGCGACAGUGGGCAGAGUUUCUUGUAAAGUACCUCCUGCUUCCAUACCAGCUGAUAGCUGAGUUUGCUUGGGACUGGCUGGCCGUCCACUACUGGACAUCUCGCUUCAUUAUUGUUAACGCCAUGCUGCUGUCUGUGCUGGAAGGCUGCGCCCUGUGGACACUCUGGACAAGAGCAAGGAUCAGGACUCUGCCACGCAAGAUGUGGAACCACUUGUGGAAGAUGCUAUCUCAGGGGUUUGCCUUCGCCCUCCUGUGGCCUUUUGUCCCUCAGUUUGUGUGCAACUGCCUCUUCUACUGGGCUCUCUACUUCAGUCCCAUCAUUAAUAUAGAUCUGGUGGUGCAGCAGUUAAUGCACCCAGAAACACAGGCACUAUAACAAACUGCAUGUAGUCAGUGCCCAAUUAAUACCGUACAGUUGACAGCAAAUAAAAUAGCCAGAAAUCCAGUUGCUGUAGAGGAGAAGUGUUUAUAUUUAGCAGUAAACUCACAUGAGACUGGCUUUUUUGCUGUUGGAAAGGAAGUUUUCUUGCUUCCUGUCUUGUCUCUCUGCUGGAUGGUUGCCAUAUGGAACAAGAGAGGAACUGGGCUAUUGUAAGAGAAACAAAACCAACAAGAUGAGAAACAGUGAAAUAUCUGUGAUGUUAUUGAUUAGGAGAGAUUACUGCAGUGAUCUCUCUCUGCGUGCACAGUGCAUUCACAAACCACAUUGCCUAAAUGGACCAGAGGGCAGUUAUGCAAAUGAUAAGUCAUGAUGUUCCAACACUGGCGGUAGUGAAGACUGGCCUCAUAAGGAGUUUUCUGACAGCUUUGUAGCACUGAGAUGGUUGUAGUACGUUGAAAGGUGAGCUUUUUUAUGCAUAUACUGACUUGGCCUAAGUCAGUAAAUUAAUUUUUGUUUGACUUAUUUUAUUAGAUGUCUUUAUGGCAUGCAAUCCACAAGCAGUUAAAUAAGCAGUGGCUGCUUUAAAAGUAUCAGCUUGACCGAAGCAGUAUUAUUAGUGCAUAGAAAUCCUUAUUCUGCAAACAUUUCGAUGCGUUCUUUGAGUCUUCAGUGCGGUUCUGGCUUAGACUGUGAAGUUGGUGUUACAGAGCUGUCUGAAAAUUCACUCUACGAGGUUUGGUAACAUGAUUGUGAAAUGUGUCAAAUGUUGAGGUUUGUAGUUCUGCAGCCUGAUGGGAAUGUCAGGCUUUAAAGUUGAUUCAAGGGAAAACAAAAACAUUUCACAAUACAUGUUGCACUUAGAUUUGAAAUAAAAUGGAUGUUCUUAAACAUUUUUGAGACGCUGAUACAGAUCUUUUCUAAUUUUUAUGAUUUUAAGGAGAAACCGUUUGUCGCAGAUUUUAUUUGCUGUUACUGCUUACAAAUAUUGCGUUGCACAUUUUUUUUUAUUGUUCAAAAACAUUUUGUUUGCAGUAUAAAUUUCCAUGUGAUGGGUGGGUAGAGCUAAUCAAAGACUAUUUUUAUUUUUUACAUAGUUCAUUUGCACUUAAAUGUUCUACACUGUGAUUUUGUUCUUCAGUGUUCUCUAAUGAUAAAGAAAAAAUAAAGAUUUUUAAAUAAUGUUA